CAGACCCUGUAUGAAACUUUGUGUCUUGGAAUCCCGCAGUAGAUGGGGGCGGCGGGGGGGUGGGGUAAAGGAGUGGGAGAGAAUGUUAAGCGCGGGGCAAGGUUUGGGAGUCUGCAGAGACGAGAGGCGCCGGAUGCUUCCUGCCCUUGGCACCGAGCAAAGGGAAACACAGCCCUUCCCGUUCCCAGUAGCCCAGGGCAAGAGAUCUGUGUUCAAGGUGCUAAGGAAAAAAUGUCCCGGCCGGCAGCAGAGGUUAAGGGGAUUGGGAGGGGGUGGCGCGCGCCUCCAGCCUGCCCCUAAAGGCAGUCCGGGGGACAGCAGGCUGGAGGCGCGCCGGCGUGAUUCCGACCGCGGGAGCCGGGAGGAGGAGCCGGAGGUGGCUGCGGGGGGCUCCGGCCCAGUCGAAGGAAGGACAUUCCCCUUUUCUGACAUUAAAGCUACGAGUCAUCAGGCUGACCCUCUCUCAUCCCUUGGCCUGAAGAAGAGGGUGUCUCAGGGCCCAGGGAUAAGCGGGAAUGGACCGGAGGGAGCCACAAGUCUGCAUCCAGGCGGGGAGGAGGCGGGCAGGAGCGGCUCCGCAGGCGCAGAGCCUCCGCGUCCGGGAGCUGAGCAUGCUGCCCCCGCGUGCAGAGCCCGCGUGCACCCAGCCCGGAGAGGGGGCGACAGGGCGGAGGCGGUGGCCCCCGGAAGGUGUCUGGGACCGGACCGGCUGCACGUGAGCCCAACGCAGGGUCAUGUGCACCGGCUCAGCCCGGUUCGGCGCCCGGACGUGCUGCGUAUCAACAAAAUAAACUCGGGGAGACAGGAGGGCAGAUAG